GCACAACAUACCAACACUUUGUCCAAUAGCCAUCUCCAAGCAAACACAUUGGAUUCAACAAAUCCCCAUAAUCCAAUUUGCAAAGUUUGUUUCAGAUUAUUGUGCAAAAUGAAAUUUGUUGUCUCUGUUUUGUUUUCCUUAGUGCUCUUUUCUUGUGCAUCUGCAUAUGAUCCUUUGGAUCCAAGUGGAAACAUAACCAUAAAAUGGGAUGUAAUGUCAUGGACGCCAGACGGCUAUGUGGCUGUGGUGACAAUAAACAAUUUCCAGAUGUACAGGCACAUAAUGAACCCCGGCUGGACCUUGGGAUGGACCUGGGCUAAGAAAGAGGUGAUUUGGUCCAUGGUGGGGGCUCAGACCACUGAACAAGGUGACUGCUCCAAGUUCAAAGGAAACAUACCUCAUUGCUGCAAGAAAACCCCGACAGUUGUGGACCUGCUUCCUGGGGUGCCUUACAACCAGCAGUACGCAAAUUGUUGCAAAGGUGGGGUGAUUCCAGCAUGGGGUCAGGAUCCUCUGGGUGCUGUCUCACAGUUCCAGGUCAGCAUUGGCCAAGCUGGAACCUCCAACAAGACUGUUAAACUUCCCAAGAACUUCACCUUACUUGGUCCAGGUCCAGGCUACACCUGUGGCCCUGCUAAGGUUGUGCCUUCUACUACAUUCCUUACCUCUGAUCGCCGCCGUAAAACCCAGGCCUUGAUGACUUGGAAUGUUACCUGCACAUAUUCACAGUUUCUGGCCAGGAAAAACCCAAGUUGCUGCGUCUCUUUCUCGUCCUUCUACAAUGAAACAAUCACACCUUGUCCAUCUUGUGCCUGUGGAUGCCAGGACAAGAGCAACUGUGUCAAGAGUCAUUCCAAGAUACUGAACAUGGUGGGAGUAAACACUCCAAGGAAAGACAACACCCCUCUGAUUCAGUGCACGCGCCAUAUGUGCCCUAUUCGGGUUCAUUGGCACGUAAAACUUAACUACAAAGACUACUGGCGUGUGAAGAUUUCCAUCACAAACUUCAACUACAGGAUGAACUACUCUCUUUGGACCCUCGCCGUCCAGCACCCCAAUCUGAACAACGUGACGCAAGUUUUCAGUUUUGAUUACAAGCCAGUUGUUCCCUAUGAGUCCAUAAAUGACACAGGGAUGUUCUAUGGCUUGAAGUACUACAACGACGUGCUGAUGGAAGCGGGACCUUUCGGAAAUGCUCAGUCAGAGGUGCUUCUCCAGAAGGACAAGGAAACCUUCACCUUUAAACAGGGAUGGGCGUUCCCCAGGAGAGUGUACUUCAACGGUGAUGAAUGCAUGCUCCCACCACCAGAUACAUACCCAUUCCUACCAAAUUCUGCCAAUCAAAAGGAGCUUCUCUCCUUCACAAUAUUUACCUCCGCAGUGCUUGUCCUUCUGUCGAUCAUUUGGUGAACGAUGGGCUAGCCUGAAAGGAAUGUUGGUUUUCAAAUGAAGAAACUUCGAUGGCACAGGCAUAGAAAUUCAGAACAAUUUUCCAAAGAAAUCACUGUGUAACAAAAUAGUGGAUUUAUCAUGGAAUUCAUAAAAUCAAAUAUAUGAAUCAGAACAGAAGCUUGAAUAC